AUGGCCGACGACGUCACCCCGCUCGCCUCUCUCUCCCUCACCCAUGUCUACUAUAACCCCUCCGACCCCCUCUCAACCCUCUCCGCCUUCCUCUCUCUCCUCCCGCAAGCCCUCAUGAUAGUCUACGUCACCCUCUUCUGGUCCACCCGCGAAGCCGAAGUCCUCCUCAUGUUCCUCGGCCAACUCGCCUGCGAAGCCGUCAACUUCAUCCUCAAACGUCUUAUCAAAGAGGAGCGGCCCAAACUCCUCACCGACGCUGCUGGGGGCGCCGCCGUGGGACACGGAUACGGCAUGCCGAGUUCCCACGCGCAGUUUGUUUUCUUUUGGGCGGUGGCGUUGACGUUGUUUUUGGUGGUGAGGCAUCGGCCGGUGAAGUUGGGACGGGUGGUCUCUGCUGCUGCGGCCGUAGCUACGGUUAAUGCUGCGCCGGGAGUGCCGGGGGUGGGUGUUGCUUCGCCUGCUGCUGUGUCUACGUCUGCUACGUCCGCAGAUACUACUAUCUCCAAGGCUGACGCCGACCCCACACUCAUCAACAUCCACCGCGCCUACCUUACCGGCGGUCUCCCAGCCCUAACCUCCUCCAUCGAAGCCUACUCGCACACGCACUGGACGCUCCCGCAACGCUUCCUCGUCAGCGCGGGCGCCGCGCUCGUCGCGGCACUCGUCGCAUGGAGCCGCGUAUAUCUGGGGUAUCACACCGUGCGACAGGUGCUGGCGGGGUGUGCGGCCGGUGUGGUGUGUGGUGUGGGGUGGUUUACGGCGACAUAUGUGUUGAGAGAGACGGGGUUGUUGGCGUGGGGGUUGGAGACGCCGCCGGCGAGGUGCUUAAGGAUUCGGGAUUUGGUGGUGGUGGAGGAUUUGCCGCAGGCGGGGUGGGAGAAGUGGGAGGGGAAGAGGAGGGCUGCGUUGGAGAGUAGACGGGCUGAGGUGGGGGGGAGGGGGAAGAAGGAGCAAUAG